AUGUGCAGAGCCUUCCCCUCCACACUGAAGGGAGUAGCAAGACAGUGGUUCUCACGACUCCAGCUAUGCUCCCUCUCCAAUUUGAUGGACCUUGGACGAGCCUUUUUGGCCCAUUUUUUGAGCAGCAGAGUCCACAAGAAAACUACGGCCAACCUCCUGGCCAUAAAGCAAUGCCCCGGUGAAUCAAGUAGGAGUUUUCUCACAAGAUUCAAUAAGGAGAGCCUGGAAGUGCGAAAUCUUGACCAGGUGGUGAAGUUUCAGGCGUUGCGCAGUGGAAUCCAAGAUACCGAACUGAAAAAAUCCUUAAUCAUGGAUGAACCAGGAGAUAUGUAUGAGCUUUUCUCCCGCUGUGAGAAAUAUAUCAACCUGGCUGAGGUUCUCGUGGCUGAGCAGCUGAAGGAAGAUAAAUUCGAGAAGAAAGGCCAAGAAAAGAAAGAUGUCCAGGCUGGGGAGGCUGGUUCAAAGCGCAACAAAGAGGAGAAGGAUGGUAGAAGAAAGAAAGAGGAAAGGAGGGCGUGGGUUCCUAAGGCUGGCGGUGUGGAGUCCGAGCCUGUUUACACAGCCCUCACCCACAACCGAGCAUAUAUCCUAAACGAGAUAAAAGACCAGAUGAACCUGCGCUGGCCAGCCAAAAUGGUGAAACCUGCACAUGAACGCAAUAAGAAUAAGUAUUGUCGGUUUCACCAGGAUCACGGUCAUGGCACCGAAGACUGCAGACAGUUGAAGGAUGAGAUUGAGGCACUCAUUCAAAGAGGGUGCCUGGGUUAA